AUGGCAUCUAAUCCAGGAGAAUCCGCUGAAAAGUCGCAGAAUAAAGAAAUUGCAAAACACGCCACUGAAUCGACCAAUUCUACCAUUUCAUCAGUUUAUUAUGCUCCUGAAAUUAGAAUGCGUCAUCCUGAAUCGAAAGCAGAUAGUAAAAUGCUUAUCAUCGAAAAUUGCUUAUUCUCGGAUUUGCUGAAUCCAUGGAUCUACUCAGUUAUGAGUUUGGCUGAUCAUUUUACGACAGAAUUCAGAAAUCCGGCUGAUAAAACUCGCCUUGCUUUGGGAAGAAUUAAGCUUUAUUUUCUCUAUUAUGAGAGUAUGUUCGACUGUAUUAUUAAUUACCUCAAACGUAUUCGAAUCUCUCGUCAACCGAAACUAAUAAUUGUUGUUGCAUCGUCGAAAUUCAUAUCAUCAAGGAAUCGAGAACUUUUGGAACCUACAGAAUGCGUUGAACCUUAUUCCAGUAUGUGUUGCUUGAUAAUGCGACGAAUUAGCUCAGGUACAACUGAAGAUCAACUAAGAAACGCUUUUGCUGAUCGUAAAAUCGAAAGUAUUACUUUCGAGCUAAAUGAGAAAAAUGAAAAACGAGCCAAUAUAAUUUUUACCUCUGCUGAUGAAGCGGUUCAUGCUCAUUUUGCUCAGAAUAAUAUGGAUUUUAAGCUAUUUUCUGUUAGUAAUUGUCGACCUACAUUAAAUUUUAAUUAUGAAUAUGAAUUUGAUGAAAAGACGGAAAAGCUCGCAAGAUUAGAGAAAAAAAAAAGCACUGUAAUUGCAAUGGGGCAGAAAUUGGGCAAAAAGAUAGAUGAAAGCAACAUUGCUCGAGGCGAUGAGAAACAGAGCGUUCCAGUGCUGAAAAGAAAAAAUGCUGAUGAAGAAAAAUUGGAAGAAACAAAAAAGGCAAAACAGAAGCAGCAGAAAAGUGCUCAAAAAAAUGCAAAUAUAUUUUCAAAACGAUCUCAUCGUACAAGCCCACCAUCGAAACCAUAUAACAACCAAUAUAUGAUUAAUCCGUGGAUUCACGCAUUUCCUUCUUUCACUGGUCCACCUCGCCCCCUCAUGUCAGAUUCAUUAAUUGACAUAAGAAACAAUGUAACAGCAGCAUCAAUACCGUCAUUAAUGAGCCCAUAUUUAUCAUCAGCAUUGGAUGAUAGUUAUUCUAAUUAUUCUCCAUCAUCUUUGAAUUGUGGACAUUUAAGAAGAAGUGCAGUGCCCAAGAAACUUGUUGACGUCAGAGAUUUUCACCGUACUCCUUUAGAAAAUUUUCGAUCUCAUAUUCCAUCUUCAAUGGAAAAUUUUAAUUCAUCCAAAGUUCCGCAAGUAGAUAGUGGUCUUCCAUCGUUGUUAUCAAUUGGAAAUUGCAAAAGGCCAAUGAGGUUAUCAGAAUUUCCCUAA